AUGGCGACGUACUUCUUCGUACAGCUAUGGCACGCCACCAUCCUCCCGCUCCUCUCAUCCUUCCUCCCCUUGGACCUUCUCCUCCCCGGCAAGUCCCUCCUUCCGCCGCUCCUGCACUCCGCAAUGCCGCUGCUCGCGCGCGCGCACCAGCAGCUGCACGAAAUCGGGGAAGCGUAUAGCGCGGUGCCGUACGAUCUGAUCGUGGCGGGGAAGGCCCUCGCCACGUCGGCGAUCGUGAGGGGGGUUCCGGCGGUGCGACGCCAUUGGCUGCUGAGCUUCUGGGCGUCGUUCCUAUUGGCUUACGGCGACUACUCCCUGCCCUCGCUCGUCUUGCAGGUGCCUUAUCCUUCUGCUGCUCGUCUAACCUUCUUCCCCAUUCCUCCCCUUUUCUCCCUCCUUCCUCUCCUCUUUCUCUCCCUUUCCCCCCCAUUCUCCCCCCUUUCUCCCCACCUCUCCUUAACCCCCUCCUGCUGGCGAUUCCCCACAAGCACAGAGCGACGUCGUUGCCUAGAGAGGUGGUUGAUCAGCUACUGUCCGCGUGACAUGGGCUACAAGGCGUUCAAGCUCAAGCCCAUCAAGAUGCAUGGCGGGCGCAAGAUGCAUGGCGGGCGCAAGAUGCAUGGCGGGCACAAGAUGCAUGGCGAGCGCAAGAUGCAUGGCGGGCGCAAGAUGCAUGGCGGGCGCAAGAUGCAUGGCGGGUGCAAGAUGCAUGGCGGGUGCGAGAUGCAUGGCGGGGGCGAGAUGCAUGGCGGGUGCGAGAUGCAUGGCGGGCGCAAGAUGCAUGGCGGGCGCAAGAUGCAUGGCGGGUGCAAGAUGCAUGGCGGGCGCAAGAUGCAUGGCGGGCGCAAGAUGCAUGGCGGGCGCAAGAUGCAUGGCGGGCGCAAGAUGCAUGGCGGGCGCAAGAUGCAUGGCGGGCGCAAGAUGCAUGGCGGGUGCAAGAUGCAUGGCGGGCGCAAGAUGCAUGGCGGGCGCGAGAUGCAUGGCGGGCGCAAGUUGCAUGGCGGGCGCAAGAUGCAUGGCGGGUGCAAGAAGCAUGGCGAGCGCAAGAUGCAUGGCGGGCGCAAGAUGCAUGGCGGGCGCAAGAUGCAUGGCGGGUGCAAGAUGCAUGGCGGGUGCAAGAUGCAUGGCGGGUGCAAGAUGCAUGGCGGGCGCGAGAUGCAUGGCGGGUGCGAGAUGCAUGGCGGGCGCAAGAUGCAUGGCGGGCGCAAGAUGCAUGGCGGGCGCAAGAUGCAUGGCGGGUGCAAGAUGCAUGGCGGGUGCAAGAUGCAUGGCGGGUGCAAGAUGCAUGGCGGGUGCGAGAUGCAUGGCGGGCGCGAGAUGCAUGGCGGGCGCGAGAUGCAUGGCGGGCGCGAGAUGCAUGGCGGGCGCAAGAUGCAUGGCGGGCGCGAGAUGCAUGGCGGGUGCAAGAUGCAUGGCGGGCGCAAGAUGCAUGGCGGGCGCGAGAUGCAUGGCGGGCGCGAGAUGCAUGGCGGGUGCGAGAUGCAUGGCGGGUGCAAGAUGCAUGGCGGGUGCAAGAUGCAUGGCGGGCGCAAGAUGCAUGGCGGGCGCAAGAUGCAUGGCGGGCGCGAGAUGCAUGGCGGGUGCGAGAUGCAUGGCGGGCGCAAGAUGCAUGGCGGGCGCGAGAUGCAUGGCGGGUGCGAGAUGCAUGGCGGGUGCAAGAUGCAUGGCGGGUGCAAGAUGCAUGGCGGGCGCAAGAUGCAUGGCGGGCGCAAGAUGCAUGGCGGGGGCAAGAUGCAUGGCGGGCGCAAGAUGCAUGGCGGGCGCAAGAUGCAUCGCGGGGGCGAGAUGCAUGGCGGGCGCAAGAUGCAUGGCGGGCGCAAGAUGCAUGGCGGGCGCGAGAUGCAUGGCGGGCGCAAGAUGCAUGGCGGGCGCAAGAUGCAUGGCGGGUGCGAGAUGCAUGGCGGGUGA